CGAUCCCCGCUGUGUGUAUACAGAUACAUAGGCAAAGAUGAGCCGACGGAACAAUUUGACGUUUCCAUCAGACACCCCCUUCCCACCUCCCUGCCAAUAAUCUAAAUAGAAGUGGUGUCGAAAUGUUAUACACGGACUCCUGAUCAGCGCGCGCGUGUGUGUGUUUGUGUACACCAAAUGUGAUGAUAAGUAAAUGAAGAUGAUACUUAUCUAACGCGGACAGCAGCCGGCUAUUUUGUGUGGAUACAGCUUGAAGUAUACACGACUGCAUGUGAAUUUUAGUUUGUCUAGUGCCGGGUUGUGAAGACGAAAUCCAUUAGUAUAACAAACAAUUGGCGGGGUUUGGAGGUUAUUUUUCGCUUGCAUGGCGUGGAGCCCGCUACUGAAUGUGUUUCUAGUUUCAUCUUCACACUGUGUCAUUAUGUAGGAUUAGCGGUUCGAGAUGAUUUGAGUUGAGGGAUCGAUGGACAGUAAUGAAAACACCGAGAGAAAAAUUCCUUGUGUGACGUCAUAUCAACGGUCUGUCAACUGACAUGGUGGUGUGGCCAAUAGUUCUACACACAACCGUGAUGAUUGUGUUCUUGUUGAUGAGCGUCACGUGCUCGGGGUCAUGUCCCGACCACAGCGCCCUCAAGGAGGCGCUCACGUGUCUGCACAACCUGACAGAUGGAGACAACUCCAAAAUCAGCAUCAACACCGCUGACAUCUUACGGACCAAGUCCUUCUGCGAUAACGAUAAUUUCGGUGAUUCUGUGAGGUGUCUGCGGCGAAUUUACAGCACCUGUAAAGAUCCGGUGAAGAUAGAAAACCUGAGGAAGUAUGCGGAGCCAAAUGCGUGGGAGGCCGGGUUCAAUCGGCUCUGUUACAGCAUGUCACUCUAUAUACAGAAAUCGGAAUGUAUCCAGGCCCAGAGUCAGGAGAUUGAGCAGUGUGUAGAAAGACAGAAGGAUGUGACGGUGUCACGUGAGGCCGGGGCUGUGUACAGCAUCGACAAGGACGAGCACCAGUAUGUCAAGGACGUGUGUGGGUAUUUCCAUAUUGUGAACGAUUGCUUCAGUUCUCAGAUAAGAAACAAGUGUGGCGAGGUGAUACAGGCCGUGCUGGCGGAUUUUUACGGUGGAUUAACGCCGCCUAUUUGUAGAGACUUCAGCAUCGCCGCCCCAUUGAAUUCUGGGAGAAGGACCAAUUCCGCCCAAAGUCUGGUCACUCUCUGGGCAUGCGUUCUAUUGUGUUUUCUGACAUGGAUGACGUCGUUAUCAUAAUGACGUGGAAGCGAAUAUGUGUGUGUACGUGUGUGUUUUAAUGAUCGCAUUCCAACUUUUUUACGUAGGUGCGCGUGGAUCUGACAUUUUUCCGGUGUAUGGAAGAGCCACUAGACUUCGAGUAUUCCGUCGAAGAGAAAAAAUUGUGGCGAGAAAAGAGAGAUAACUCUUUCCAAAUUGAGCGAUGUGAGAUUUGCAAAGAGAAAGCGGAAUUUUUCAGUAACGCAACAUACAUUUCUUACAAGUGUGCAGAUUCAACUUUCACCUGUGUAACAUGCUUGCCUGUGUAGCGGUAUACAUGUAUAUGUGUUCUAUCAAAAGUGUGAUUUUCAUCAGUUUUCUGAAGAUGGUGCGAACAAGAGUUAAUAAGGGCAAAUGAGUCGAUUUUUGUCCAAGACAAAACAGUUUGAUUGGAUCAAAGAACUUUUUAUAUAAAAUGAACAAAACCUUAUUCCGCUUUUAACGAUGAAUGAAAGAGAAAAUUUGUACGUUUAUGUGUAAAUGGGAAAUAUCUGUACAAAAUUUUGAACAUUUUUCAUUUUUUUUACGUGUCAUAUGUAUAAAGGAGUAAUGUUUUUUUGUAGGAGAAAAUAUCAUUGUUUAAACCGAAAUACGUCUGAAAAAUAUUAAGAGUUGUCUGGAACAUUCAUCAAGACCCGCAAAUAAAAGGCGUUGAAUUUUU